GGCACCGGCAGCCAGCAACAAGCCAUCACGGCUCUAAGCAGCACCAGCAGCGGCACCAAGUCAUUCUGGAUCAUCGAGCCGGUGAUAAAAGUAAAGCGCGGCACACCGGUGGACUGUGGAACGCAGAUUCGCUUGGUGAACAGUGAUUCGAUGCAUAAUUUGCACUCGCAUAGUGCGCAUAAGGCGCCGAUAUCGGGUGCACAGGAGGUUUCGGGAUUCGAAGGUCGGGAUGCCGGCGACCUAUGGACGGCCGAGUGCACUGGCCGGUGGGUGAGAGAGGCGCCGGUGGUGCUUCGGCAUGUGGAGACCGGCAGGGCUCUGCAGGUUAUGCCGGGCAAAAAAUACGGGCAGCCAAUUGCCGGACAGCUGGAAGUCAGCUGCGGGAAAAGCACGAACGCCGAUGCGCAGUGGAGAGCA